AUGGCCGACAAGUACAAGCCCUCUGAGCACGGUGGUCUCCGCGAGGACGGCCAGCCCGACAAGCGCACCCAGCAGUCCCAGUUCGCCUACGGCAAGGUUGACCCCCACAAGGCCGGCCAGGAGGGUGGCUCCAUCGGCGGCCAGGCCACCGGCAGCCACAGCGGUGGCAGCGCCAAGGGCGAGUUCGCACACGGCAAGGUCGACCCUCAUGAGGCCGGCCGCAAGGGCGGCCAGACUCUCGGUGAUGAGUAA